GGCAACCGUGUCUCGUGUCAAAAUACAGUGAAAAAUGUUUGGGUUGUGGUAUUUGAGAACUCGUUUUUUGUGAUAAUUAGCCCAAUUUUGCUGGGCUUUUGGGCGAUCCAGCGUUUUAUCUUAAAAAACCCAACGAUUUGUAGUAAAAUUAACCUGUUCAGAUUGAUGUAGUGUUUAUAGAUAGUCCUAUAAAUAUGGAUUUGUACACGGACGCCGUUAAUAUUAAAAAUGCCUUACCAUGGAUUACUUCUACAGAAGAAAUUAUGUCAUUUCUACUUAAAAUACCUCUAGAUAACAGUUAUUUACGUAAUCACCUCGCUUUACAUCACUUUAUCCAGACCAGGGACGCACAGCAAACGGAUAAUUUCCAGAAUGUGAUAGAAAAUGAGAAAAAUGAGAUAUUGAAUUUGUUACGAGAGGCAAACCCAGACGAAGUUAAAGAACGUUUAAGUUUGCUUGGGCUGGUGCCCGAUAGGAAAGAAAUAGUUAUUAGGCAAUUAUUAAAUAAACAUAAGGUUAAGUUAGAUUCAAAAUUGAAGGAAAUACCCUUGGAAGUACCUUUUAAACGAAGGAUUUGCUUUGAGACUGACGAUCAGGAAUUGUGUGUUAAAUUUAGGAAAACUGGAGGAAAGUUGGAAGUUGUGCAUACUUUUUCACAAGAAAAUAUACCAGUUGUACACGAAGAGAGCGUGGAAGAUUGCGGAAAUCUUCCGGACAGUUCGUCGGAAAAAUCCGACGUCUCGCGUUUAUUGGCGAAAGAUCCAUACCUUAACCCAGUACCGUCCUGUUCAAAAGCGGAUUCUCAAGAAUUAAUGGACUCAGAUGAUACGAUUAUCAUUGAAGAAAGCCAACAACCAAAUACUAACCCUUCUCAAUCGAGAAGUUCUGUGAUAGAGGCUAGUCCCCCAGCCUCAAAAAUCGUCGAUCCUACCGAAUUUAUCAAAAACGACCACAUCGACGAUUAUUUGGCGCGGCUUCUUAACAUGUAUAACAACGACGACUGUGACAUGACCACUGACCAAACUGAAAAACCAGAAACUACCUCAAAUACUCAGGUGAUGUUAAAGAAUAGUCCACAUAAAAGAAAAGCAUUAAACUUACCCAUGUUGGAAGAAACUGAAUUCAUGUCUCCCAAUAAAAUUAAAAGAGAUGAACCAACCAGUAUACAACCGUCAACUUCCCAAAUAGACAAUAAACCACCAAAAUACGUUGAAAAAAGAAGAGCUCAGGAUUUACUAUUAGAUGAUACAGAUAAUUCUUGUAGAUAUAUUUUACCUUCAAAAAUAAAAAGAGAAGAAGAAAAUCCGCCAGCAUUAGAAAUGCUACAUGAAAUGGUGGAAUCUCCUCAAAAAAGCCUAAUUCCAUCUCCACCAAAAGACAAAGUGUUAUCUUUAGAAGAAUUUAUAAGGCCCUCUACGUCCAAAACAAGAACUAAAGUUCUAGCACCAAAGAAAGAAAAAUCUCCUUCAAAGUUCGACCUGGUGGGCCACCUGAUGGAGAUAACGCGCCGGCCGUCGUCCGCGAUACGGGGCCUCUGCCUGAAGCGCAACAUCAACGUGAACCGCAUGCCGACCGACUUGCAAAUGGACGAGCUGUGCACGCAGCUCUUCGACGCUGACAGCGACGAGGACGACGACGACGACGUCGAUGCCGACGACGUCAGAGGCAUUUCGAAGGUGAAGAACGAGCCCAUCGAAGUCGACUUCAUGCUCAAUGACGAUUCAGAGGGGGAUGAGGUCACCGAUGUUGAUCAAGUCGUUUUAGAUCUUCCAAAACUUGAAAGAUUGUUACCGUCAAGUUCCAGCGCGCCCCAGCUUCGGGUGGUAGACUUGACAACCACGCCUCAGGACACUAAACUCGAUGCAAAUGCCAUACCCGUCGCGAAUCGUCUCAUGGAGAUGUUUCCUGAGGCUUGCCCCAAAUACAUCAGGAAACUUUGCAAUGGCAAAGCCAUGAUGAACCUAGACGACCUUGUUACAGAAAUAAUAACAACAGGCGAUGAUUACCCGAAGAGACAAAGGAAACCGGCUAGUCCGGAGCCGGAGAUCGACGCCGAACAACAGCUGGAAAUUUUAAAGGAGGUCCUGCCCGACGCCGAUCCCACUUUCCUGCAGAUGCAGUGCGAAAGGUACCGCGGGAACGCGAACGGGCUCAAAGAGUUCAUGGCCAACGCUUUGGAGAACAAAAACUAUCCCACUUUGAAGGAGCACAUCAGGAAGCAGCAGCUGUCGGCGCAGCAGAAGCAAUACACGACGGACUUCAACGUGGAGAACUUCGUGAAGCUGUUUCCUGAACCGACCAAGUACUUCGGCGACGCGACGCGGCAGCCGCAGUACAGCUUCGUCGACAUCCACUACAUCACGAUGUUCCUGCGCAACCACUUCGACCGCAUCCCGGUCAAGGAGAUCGGCAAGACGAUGCAGCAGCACGGCAACCGGCCGGUGACGGCCUACUCGGUCCUGUCGAAGCGCAUGCGCGACGGCAACGUGAUGAAGUCGCGCAGGAAGCACGUCGAGCUGCCCGACAACCUGCAGAACAUACCGCUGCUGCAGGAGCUGGCCUAUCUUAACCACAGGGUGGAAAUCGCCGAGUACCUGAAGAAAAAGAAGCUGCAAGAGGAGCAGGAACGCGCCGACGCCAAAGCCGGCGGCCUGAUGCGCACUUGCAACUGCUGCUACGACGAGGAAGUGAUGCCGAAGGACUCGUUCGAGUGCGCUAAGGGCUGCAACUUUUGCCGCGACUGCGUGAAGAAGAGCUGCGAGGUGGCGCUGGGCGACGGCAAGCUCGAGUUUCCCUGCUUGGCCGACUGCGGCGCGCACUUCGGCCUGCAGACGUUGCAGAACUGCCUGCCGCCGAAGAUGUUCUCGAAGUUGGCGCAGAAGAAGGCGGUGGCCGAGGUGAAGGCGGCCGGCAUCGAGGACUUGGAGAUGUGCCCGUUCUGCGAUUUCGCCACCAUUCCCUACGAGGCGGACAAGAUAUUCCGCUGCCUGAACCCCGAUUGCAUGAAGGAAUCUUGCCGCUUGUGCAAGGAGACCUCGCACGUUCCCCUUAAGUGCGAGGAGGUUGAAAAGGAUGAAGAUGUCAAAGCGAGGACCUAUAUCGAGGACAGGAUGACUGAAGCAUUGUUAAGGGAAUGUUGGAAGUGUAAAGCGCGCUUUUUCAAAGAAGAAGGUUGCAAUAAAAUGACAUGUUACUGUGGAGCCCAUAUGUGUUACAUUUGUGGCAAGCCUGUGAAGGAUUACAGCCACUUUAACGGCAUUGGAGGGGAUAAGUACCAUCUGUGCCCAUUGUACAGCGACACAAACGCCGUCAACGAACAAAACGUGGUCAAGGCCGCCCAAGAGGCGAAAAGCAGCGUGGACGCGAGCAAACUAAAAAUCGACCCGACCGUCGACGUGAAGGCGCACUACAAGAAACGCGCGCGCGAGCUGCCCCGCGAACCGCACCUCGAACAGCUGGCGCGCGUGCCGCCCGCGCACGCCCAUCCCCACCGCGGCCACCAUCACAACGCGCACCGCCACCACCACCAUCACCACCACCAGGUCCUCCGAGUGCCCCCCGUGCCGCCGUUCGUGAACGAGAUGGCGGCGCCGCCCCACGACCCCUACAUGCACGUGCAGUACAACUUUCCGGUCCAGUACAGGGGCGGGCAGAGGGUAGGCGCGGAGGUCGCGCAGGCCCCCGCCAGGUGGUACCGCGCCCCCGAGCCGCUGAUUCAUCCGAAUCAGGCGCAGGGGGCGCAACAGCUGCCGGCGGUGCCGCCCGUUCCGCAGCCGCCCAACAUUCAGCGACAUCUUGAGCGCUUGGACAACAUUCAGCGUGUGCAGGAGGACAAUUUGAGACGCUUGCAGAUGAUAAUAGAGGAGAAUGUAAACAGGCGUCGUUAGUAAUUUAAUUAUUUAUUUUUUGCAAGAAAAUUGACCGAUUUUCUCGCAAAAAAACAUUUUUAAACGAUUUUUAAAAAAAAUUCUGACUCGAAAAAAUCUUUUAUAUACUAUCACUUCUGAAAACUUGUAAACAUAAGCAUAAUAAUUAGGUCGUAUUCCUUAGGUUGUUUUUUGAUGUUUCGUUUAAUGCGCUUUUUAUUCAAGUAAAAAUAAUUUUGGCAAUAAUAAUCGAAAAAUCUUGUAAUAAAAACGCCGCGUUAAUUUUUUGUUUGUUAUUCGUUCGUAAUUAUAGUUCUAGUAGAUUAAGAGAAAAAUUUUAGGUUUUACUACUAAAAAAAUUGAAAUUCGUCAUUUGCCUUUUUUUUGGUGUUUUUCGUUAUUUGUUAUUUUCUUCGAUUUAACUGAAUAGGCCACAUACAGGGUGUCGCAAAUUAUCACAACGUUUGAGACGUACUGUACUUGUGGAGGUUUUGUUUAUAAAUGUGCCAAUGGAUUAAUAAACUUAAAUAAUAAAAAAUUCAAUAUUGUAAAUAAUUACCACAUCCAUCAUUUUAUUAUUAUGAAAUUUAAAAUAUAUAUUUUUGCCAAGUCAAGUUAUUAAUGAAAAUAUUUGAACAACUUAAGAACAGACCCAAUUUUAACCAAUAAAAUAAAACUUGACACUAUGUCAAUUUGCAAUGCAAAUUUUGCAUUAACAACGACCAAAAAGACUAAAUAAAGGAGAAGAGCCAAGCUGUCAUGUUUGUCAGAGUUUGCGCACGAGAAUUUUAUAUGCUUGACAUCCAAAAGUCACAUUUUGACAUUUGAAUACAAAUGGUAAUCUAUCUGUUUGUUUAACGCUAAUUUCCUCUUUUUUCUCAUGAAAAUAAAACGAUAAAUGUAUUUUUUACACAAAAAAUACAUAUAUUGUAUUUUUUUCAGAAAAUAGAAAUAAAUUUGUGUUAAACUGACACAUAGAUAACCUCAAUUAUUAUAGUAUGUAGAGUCUGUUCAGGGAAUGUUUUACCUUGCGUCACCAAUUUACCUAGCAAGUUACUCCUCCUUUACUUAGUCUUCUUGAACUUGACAGAAAUAUGUUAAAUUACAAAAUACAUAAAUCUAAACCUUGAAAAUUUAGGUUCAAAAAACGGACUUCGUUAAAAAAAUCAUAAACUUGGGUGUUUUAUUAUUUAAGUUGUAUUUUUUCGUAUUUCCAAUAGCCAUGUUAAUUAAAAUGUGCAGAUUUUUCAAAAACGUUUAAGUAAAAAAUCUUAAAAUUAAAUAUUUUUUACAGGAUUAAGUAAAAUUUGUGUCUAAACAUUUUAAUUAAAAGGUUUAGUAAAGAUGCAUCCUGUGAUAAUUAUAAUAAUUUAUAUUUUUCUAAUGUUUAGUUUAUAUUUGUAAUUAAAAAAUUCAAAAAAAUGUUGGUUUUAUUUGUAAAAAAACAAAAAUAGUUUAAAGAAUUUUUAUUAUCUAAAUAAAUCACAAAAAACAGACUUCUUAACAAUUUAAAAAAACUAACAAUAAUAUUUAUUUCAUCUAUUCAUCUUUUCCUUUAUUAUUCUCAAUAAUUUUCUCGCUCUCCACAUGAGUGAUGGGAAUUUGUUUUUCCUUAACCUCCUCGAUCUUUCUAGGAGCUGUCACUGUCAAAACUCCAUCUGAAGAUAAACUUGACACCACUGCCUUCAUAUCGUGCCCAUUUGGCAACACAAACCUCCUUACAAACUGCCUUGAAACAAAUCCAUGGCCAUCCUCUUUUUCAUCAUGUUUUGCUUCAAUUUGAAUAGAAUUUCCAUCAAUUGUUUUAACAGUGAUUUCUUCGGGUUUAAAAUCGGCAACAUCGAGUUUUACUUGAAAUUUUUCGUUUUUAUUUGCUGAGUUUUCUUCAUAGUCGACUGAGAUUCUUGGGCAAUUCAUUCUAUACACUGGGUGAAAAAUUUCGUCGGCAAAUCGCAUUUGAUUUUCCAUCAUUCUCAACGGCCUCAUUAUAUCACGAAAAACUAGCGGAAAUAGAGACAUGUUUACUUCUUAUUCAAAACUCAAAAACACUAUUUCACUUCAAAUCUGUUUGUUUCACUUAUUAGUAUUUUCUGCCAAUUAUUCCGAGCCGCCUAGCUUUUAUAUGCUCCCGCUUAUCGAAAC